CCGGUAGUUUUUUUUGUCGAGAACGUUGUUGACGACAAACAAGGUAGUUAAAAGCUCAGAAUUAUUAAAGUUGAAGACUUGAAGGAAACAUGUAUGUUUUAAGAGCUACACCGGGGAGUAAUAUGUGAGUUAACGUGCAGUUUGUGGUCUUGAGGCGCAAGUGGAUAACGUGGCUAAAGUUACCGUAAAGACAAGUGUACUGUAACCAAGUAAAUGUCACUAAAACUCGCUGGGAUUCAAAAGGAUGGUAUCUUAAAAUCACAUUUAUUUCUUUUAAACGUUUUCUGCUGGGAAUUUUUUUGACCACCUGUGAUGAGUAGUGACAACAUAAUCUGACAUGAAAUCCAGGAACUCUGUGAUGACAAGGUUGAAAACCCCGCAACCAGCAUCACCUCCAACAGGGAACGCACCCUUCGGCCAACCUCGUCAUAAAGCCUUACCGGACAAAAGGAACAAAGCUAGUUUGAUUCCUGUACUCUCCAACCAGAAAGACAAUCCAAAAGUUCACAGGCCUGAGGAACAUGGGGAUCAAUGGACCGCCGAAAAACGACAGCCUUCUCUUGCUCAAUCUGGAAUCUCCAUGGACAAAGAUUCUUCUUCAACCUUAUCUGAUACAGAUAUAAUAUUGAUGCUGUCUUCAAGGGCUCAACAAGCUACAGUUUCCUCUUGUCUAGGACAGCAACAGCAUUCACGAGUGGAUACAUACAUUGACCGCUUUCGAUAUGGACAGCCGAUGAGUCGAGAGGAGCGCCAGCAGAUGUCAUCUGUCAUUGAAGGAGAUACGACGCCUUUUUGGCGGCUGUCUUCCUCAUCUUUACCGCCCAGCUCCGCACUAACUAAAACCCCACACAUAGAUGACCACAGACGAGAGCUCUUCAGUUCAGUAACACGUCAGUCUGAUGAAGACUUCAAUUCUUCAACAUGUAGAGGAGACUACAAUAUGGACGCAUAUGUUUUAUCUGACAGUUGUCAGAGUGAAUUUGAGGAUGCAGAGCUACUUCACUUUCAAGAAAAGACCAGGAGACUUCUGCAGAGAGGUGAAAAUGUUCUCAGUGAGGGAUUGAUGCCUGCCAGUUCAGAUGGAUUGGGAAGACAUGAGCCCUCUUAUCCAGUCAAAAUAGCUGAGCCAGUGUACAGACCUUUGAAUAACACCAAAAUAACAUCUACAGCUGCAAUACCCCUCCAAAGAUUCACUGCCACUACAUCAAUUGCACCUCCUACACGCCUGGAAGAGGACAUUCUUUUCCAGUGGCGUCUUCGCAGAAAGAUGGAACAGGCCAGCAAGCUGUGUCAGUCUCAGCAACCUUCCGGACUUCUUCUGUCCUCUUUUCACUCCACUCUACCCGUUUCCUCAGGAAACAAGCAGCCUUACAAGCAACAGCAAAUUGUUCAGUGCACUGAGCCCACACAAAGAGCUGUUCCCCAGCCGGAAACCAAAGAAACCCAUGGACAUCAACCCUCGGCUGCAUUUUCUGUGUCUGAUUCUUCAGUCCCCCGUCCAGCGUCUCUUGCACGUGUUCCUGCACAUAUGCAUCAACUCUGUGAUCUUUUUCCCUGUCCCUCAUUGUCUCCCAGUAGCAAUUUGCAAGGAAGUUCACACAAACAAAAAGAAACCUCAAGCAAAGAAACACAAGUGUCUGGAAACUUUAAAGAUACUUACAUGGAGGAGCUUGCUCAUAGACACGUUGCAUCACCACCUCCUGCUUCUUCUAUAACUACAGAAGUGGGUUGGACUUGUAGACCCACAAAUGUAGGCCAUAUUUUUAUACCUGUGGAAGUAGGAAGUCAUUCUUGUUCUGUCAAAGGUGGCUUUCCUUUAAGCCCUCUAGAUAAAAGUUCUCCUGCUCGACCUUUAGAGGGUGUCACUUCUUAUAAAUGUAUAAAAGGAGGUUGUCAUUCUAGGCCCAGAGAAGGAGGUUGUAUUGAGACUAAAGUGGCACCAAAGGACAAGGCCCAGAAAAAACAAUUGAGAGAAAGUCAGACAGAUGGGGCUAUCCGAAAGCAGAAAAAGUCGGCAAGGCGCAAUGAACGUAGUGAAAAUACUGACAGUCCCAACAUCACAAGCAGGAGUUCUGCGCAUCAGAAACCUCCACAAAAGAACAAGUCACGGAUAGAACAGCAUAAGCAGCAACUGCAGGAGAUUCGCAAAAAAGAGGACAACCAUACACGACCGUUUUCUCCAGUUCAGCAAUCUUUAGAACAGGUUGUUUCAGAGGUCUUAUUCCCACCGACGGAGUCGUCUCCUGCAAAAGUUGCAGCUGUCCCAUUACUCCCAACACCUUCUCAAUCCUCACAUCCACCUUGCGACACACACAACUCUUUGGAGGUCAUGUCCCAGCUGCUCCAAGAGGCUGAAGAUUCGGAUGAGAUAGAGUUUGCAGAUGAUCCUUUACUACAAGUCCUUCGCACACAGAGAAAAUGGGUGAAGGAGCAGAUCAGUGAAGUGAACUCUAUGGUGUACAAAUUUCUGAUUACACAAGAAGCUUCUCCAACAUGAUGCUUUUUCAUCUUUACUUUUGCAAGGAAAUAUUGUAUUUAUCGCAGAAAUACAUGUAUAUUAAAACAUUUUGACGUAUGCAUAGGUGCAUUA